GCCAACAAGUUUGGGAGAAUGUUGAGUUCAAUCACGCCGGAGCCGCGAUGGAGCGCAGCGCACUGCAGUGGGUCGGCGCCCCGUGCGGCUCGCACGGCCCCUACGUCUUCUACAGGGCGUUCCGCUUCCAGCGCCGCGGCGGCGGCCGGGCGCGGGUCCUCUCCCUCGGCGACUUCUUCUUCGUGCGGUGCCGAGCGGAGGAGCCCGCCUGCAUCGCGGAGCUGCAGCUGCUCUGGGAGGAGCGCACCAGCCGGCAACUUCUCUCCAGCGCCAAACUUUAUUUUCUCCCCGAGGACACCCCCCAGGGCAGGACCAGUGACCAUGGCGAGGUGGAUGAAGUUAUUGCUGUUUCAGAGAAAGUUACUGUGAAGCUUGAGGACUUGGCAAAAUGGGCACAGUCCGAUUUCUCCAAGUGGAAGUGUGGUUUCCGGGCUGAGCCUGUCAAGCCGAUGGAUGUGGGGAAGAAUGGGCAAAAGGAGGCCUUGACAAGAUACAGACAAUCCACGCUCAACAGCGGCUUGAACUUCAAAGACAUCCUGAAGGAAAAGGCUGACCUUGGUGAGGAUGAUGAAGAUUCAAACCUGCUAAUUCUCAGCUACCCACAGUACUGUCGAUAUCGUUCCAUGUUAAAGCGCAUUCAGGACAAGCCUUCUUCAAUACUAACAGACCAGUUUGUAUUAGCCCUGGGAGGCAUUGCAGUAACAAGCAAGAACCCCCAAAUCUUCUAUUGUCGGGAUACAUUUGAUCAUCCUACUCUAAUAGAAAAUGAAAGUAUAUGUGAUGAGUUUGCGCCAAAUCUUAAAGGCAGACCGCGCAAAAAGAAGCCUUGCCCACAGAGAAGAGAUUCAUUAAACGGCAUUAAGGAUUCCAACAAUAAUUCUGAAAGCAAAGCUGUUGCCAAGGUAAAAUGUGAGGCUAAGUCAGCUUUGCCCAAACCCAAGAAUAACAACAGCAACUGUAAAAAAGGCUCAAGUGAGGAUAAAUCAAAGAUUGCCAUAGGUGAAGAAUGCAGAGCUGAUGAGCAGGCUUUCCUUGUGGCUCUUUAUAAAUAUAUGAAAGAAAGGAAAACACCAAUUGAACGAAUACCCUAUUUAGGUUUUAAGCAGAUUAACCUUUGGACUAUGUUUCAAGCUGCUCAAAAACUGGGAGGAUAUGAAACAAUAACAGCCCGUCGACAAUGGAAACAUAUUUAUGAUGAAUUAGGUGGUAACCCUGGAAGCACAAGUGCUGCUACAUGUACUCGCAGACAUUAUGAAAGAUUAAUCCUGCCAUAUGAAAGAUUUAUUAAAGGAGAAGAAGAUAAGCCACUGCCUCCAGUGAAACCUCGAAAACAGGAUAACAGUUCCCAGGAGGGUGAAGCGAAAACAAAAGUGUCUGGAACAAAACGCAUCAAAAAUGAAAACCAAAAGAGCAAGAAGGAAAAAGAUAAUGCACAGAAACCCCAAGAUGCAUCUGAGGUUUCAUCUGAACAAGAGAAGGAUCAAGACUCAUCAGACCAGAAAAAUUUCCUUGAACAUCCUACAGUGGGAGAGACAAAACAACCCAUGCAAGGACCACCAUCUCUUUUAUCAGAGACAGCUCGGCCACUGCCUCUGGAAAAGACAGACCUGACAGAAAACAGCACCAACGGCGAAAAGGCCAAGGAGGAGGUUCAGCACUCGUCCUCUUUCUCGAGUACAUCUGUACCCCAAGAAGAAGACACCGUGCUGGAUGCCACCGUCAUGAAACGGUUACACCCCCCGUCAGAUGCUGCAGAAGACACAAAGCCUGAACAAAGGCUGCACAAAGCUUUCGCUGACAGCUUAGAGAGUGAACCUCCAGAGAUGCCCUUCACAGCUUUCCCCGUCCAGAGCGACGUGGAAGAUGACAAAUUGCCAGAGAUGGCCGAUUACAUCGCCAACUGCACGGUGAAAGUGGACCAGCUGGGAAAUGAAGAUAUCCACAACGCUCUAAAGCAGACACCCAAAGUGCUGGUGGUCCAGAACUUCGACAUGUUCAAGGAGAAGGAGCUGCCCGGGUCCAUGAACGAUGACUCCACUUUCGGUUACACGCCGCUGCUCUACUCCAAGGGUAAUCCGGGCAUCAUGUCACCGCUGGCAAAGAAGAAGCUGCUGUCGCAGGUCAGUGGGACGACCCUGUCGUGCAGCUAUCCUUAUGGCUCCCCUCCACCUUUGAUCAGCAAAAAGAAGCUGAGCGGCAGAGACGAGCUUUCCUCAAGCAUGUCGCAAGGACCCCACGGCCCUCAUUCCGAUCCCGUAGCAAUUAAUAGGCCCUCAGUCAUACAGCAUGUACAGAGUUUUAAAAGCAAGGAAGAAAGGAAGUCGAUUAAUGACGUUUUCAAACACGACAUGCUAAGUAAACCGGAUCCUCAGCGCUGUGAUUUUUCUAAACAUCACCUCAGUUCUCUCUCCGAGUCGUACGUACCCAAGACGGAUAUCCAGGACUGCAAAGACAAAAUGAGUGAGAAAAGGGCACUGCAGCACUCCCAUGUGCCCGCUUUCUUGGCAGAUUUUUACUCGUCACCUCAUCUGCACAGCCUUUAUAGGCACACAGAACACCACCUUAAUAAUGAGCAGACAUCAAAGUACCUCCCCCGGGACAUGUUCAGAGAGUCUGAAAAUAUUUCUACUUUUACUCCACACAAACACCACGAAAAGCUACAUUUAAAUUACCGCCCGUCUUUGCAUCAGCAAGAAAAAAAAGCGGCAGUGGAGGCCUCUUCAGAUGAUCAGCCAACAGAUUUGAGUCUUCCAAAGAGCGUACACAAACAGACUGCAAAGGCUCCGGGCUCCAGCCUCCCUCAUGCAUCCAUGGCCCAGCAGGAGGGCAAAGGCAUCUCCCCGUUCCAGGCUGCCAGCAGCCUAGAUUGCAACCCCAAAGCCUGCCGCGUGUCGCCCAUGGCCAUGGCGGCCCCGAGGAAGCACGGAGAGUUGCUCCACCGGCCUGGGAAGCAGCAGGCCCAGAGGCUGGAGAAUCUGAGGAAGAUGGAGGGGAUGGUGCAUCCUAUCAUCAGCCGCAGAACGAGCCCUCAAAACGUGGGGGCUGCCCGGCCCUUGAAACGGAGCCUGGAGGAUUUGGACAAAGUCAUUUCUGAAAAAAAGAUCCGAGCCGUCUCUCCUCUGCACUUACCAAAGGAGACCCCGGCAAAAGACAAGGUUCCUGACCCAGAGGGGGAAGGCAGCAAGCCGGUGCACGGCCUCCAUUCUGGCAGCAUGCUGGAAAGCCACAAAUUUCCCCUCUCGGCCCCCAUCUUCCCAGGCUUGUACCCGGGGAGCCUGUGCACGGGGCUGAGCAAUCGUCUCCCACCCGGGUAUUCUCAUCCCCUGCAGUACUUGAAAAAUCAGACCGUGCUGUCCCCACUAAUGCAGCCUUUGGCUCUUCACUCCUUCAUGGUGCAGAGACAGUUCCUCACGUCCCCUGCAAACUCUCAGCAACUGUACAGACACUUAGCUGCAGCAACACCUGUAGGAAGUUCCUACGGUGACCUUUUGCAUAACAGCAUUUAUCCUUUAGCUGCUAUAAACCCUCAAGCCGCGUUCCCACCUUCCCAGCUGUCCUCUGUACAUCCCAGCACAAAACUGUAAAACCCCCUCGCUCACAGAAAGCAAAAGGUCUGAGGAGAAAGGUUGAGUCAGCGACAUUCCUCCCCCUGUGACGAUGUCUCGCGGAUUGAGCCACCUGCAUCUGUGUCGACCAGGCUGCAGUCGGAUCUCGCCUCGAGGAGCGCUUCAGAGCGUGGUGGAGACAGGACUGCUGCUUUAAUUCUGGCUCCCACAUCGGCCCCCUCACCCCUUAUCCCCUCCCCUGCGAAAAAGAAAACCAAACACCAAAAAAAAAAAAAGAAAAAGGAAAAAAAAAGAAAGAAAAAACCCCAUUGGAUGUUGCAUAUGUGUUUUCUUAAAGGACUUGUAUAUGGUAAGAGUCAAUGUUCAAAGGGAGCCAUGGAAAUGCAGGCCCAGUCCUGAGCUGGCUGAAACCCCAGGUGAGGGCUGCGUUGGCCUCUCACUGAGCCGAGGAGCAGAGGCCGUGCGUGGUUGCAGACGAGUCGAGGGCUCGAGGUGAACUCGGGACGGAGGAGUGGGCCGAGAGUCGUACAAUCAGUGGAUGUGCUCUUUUUGGUUUUUUUGGGGUAGCUUUUCCUGACUUUUAAAGAUUCAAUCAAUGCAAUGUAUAGUACAACGGCAAUAGAUUUUUUUCAUUGUAACACUAUUAGAACAGAAGGGUAAACACUGUUUAAUUUGACUGUACAUAUCCACUUCGUAACCUACCGGUGUCACAUUUGGUCACAGUAAUUUAUAUAGUUUUGUUUGUCCAGUAUAUUCUGUGCUCUUUAUGUUUGGUCUUUUUUUUUGUUUGUUUUGGGUUUCUUUCCUUUUUUUUUUAAAUUAAACAGUAUCAUUUUAUCUGCAACUUUUUUUAAGGCUGUGGCUGUCCUAAUUUGGGGGUUGGGUUUUUUUUCUUUUUAAAAAACGUGUUUGUAAUUUUUUCCAGUUUCUUCAUAUUUUUGAGCAGCGUUUUUGUUUCUUUUUUUGUGGUAACGUUUACUGUUUACAAACUGAAGCAACUGGUUCAGAUUAAUCUUAAUGGUUAUAAACAUACUGUAGGUGAUGUUACAGUGCAAGGAUGCAAACAAGGUUCCUUUCCCCGCAGUUCUCCCCACCUCCCACCCCCCGCGAGGUGCUGAGCACCU